AUGUCUGGAGAACAAGCCCCAUAUGUGACCCUUGAUGUCUUCACAACAAAAAGGUACAAUAUUCUGUCGAAUUUAUGGACCUUCCAAGGUAGCUUACGCUCAAAUAGAUUCAAGGGCAACCCUGUCGCCAUUGUGAAGGUCACCGACAUCAAUGUGUCACAAGAGCAAAAGCAAAGAAUCGCGAAAGAGUUCAACUUCUCUGAAACCGUGUUCUUGCAUCCUGCUACUGGGGAUGGCAACCCCCAGGUUGAUAUUUUCACACCUGUAAACGAGAUGGAGUUUGCCGGUCAUCCCAUCAUCGGCGCCGGCCAUUUCCUCUUUCGCCAGGUAUUGGCUGGCUCCACCAGUCCCGCGAGCUCCCUCACCGUCAUGACCAAAGCCGGCCCCGUUCCGAUCUCAUAUGACGAAGCCAACAAGGUCAUCGCCGCUGAAGUUCCUCAUAAUAUCCACAUCCACAAACAAGGAGCCACAUUGGCCCAUAUCCUCCCUGUCCAGGCGAGCCUGAAAAAUGCCUCUGACAUUGAGGGUGUACCGGAGACUUCGCCUGUUGUGUCAGUUGUCAAGGGUGUUACAUAUGCGCUGGUGGAUCUCAGCAAAAGACCCGAUAUUUUUGCUAAUAUCGGCCCUGGCGGAAGUCCAAAUCUUGAUCUUGAUGAGGGAUGGGCACCCUCAUUCACGGGUGUCAUGUAUCACCGCCACAUUGGGUCUCGCACAGAGAAAGACCUGGUGGUGUGGGAUCUUCGCGUGCGCAUGGUCGCUAUUGAUCUGGAAGAUCCCGCAUGUGGUAGUGGUGGAAGUUCUCUGGGGGCUUACCUAGCAUUGUCGAAUGCGCAUAAGGGACAGAAGCACCGAUUCUGUAUCGAUCAAGGAAGCGAAAUGGGAAGAGACAGCCUAGUCAUUGUGGAUGUCAUUUUGGAUGAAGAAAGGAAAACCGUGUCUACUAUCAAACUUGCUGGCCAUGCAGCCUUUGUGGCAGAAGGGAAGAUCUUCGUGGAAUAA